UGAUCAGUGAACCAUGACAAUGAAAAGGAACAUAUCAUGAACUACACACUUUGUGUGUAUAAAGCUGACUGACAACAUAUUUUAUGACAGUCCGAGUGAGGUCCUGCCCAAUGUUGAUAAACACAAGAAUUGUAACGUAAUGUAAACUGAUUGAUAUUGGAGGGUAUUUCUCUUAUCUGAGCCCUGCACUUUCAUUGACAAAUUUGACGGCAAUGGAACCCCUUCUGACAGAUUGCGGUCAGAUCAUAGAGGAUCCUGAAAGAAGCUUUGAAAAGCAUGAUGCAGAAACCCCAGAACAGGUACGCAAAUCCCCAAAACCAAUCUUAAUCAAAGUCCAGAGUGACAACAACAGUGAAGAUACUAAACAUCUCCUAGAAAUGGACGAAGGCGAGGAUAAAAAACCUGAAGAACCAGUGAAGGAAACUUCAAACAGGGAAGAUAACAAUGAGCUAGAAAUGAAUCCAACAGAAAAAUCUGAAAAUGUUGAAAAUGUCAAAGAACCGGUGAAAAAGGAAGAAAAAGACACGAAGAAAGAUAAAGCAACUGGAAAAGAAGUAGAUAACAAUAAUGCUAAAGGGGGCGACGAUGACGCAAUAACACCAAUUGAGGAUGACCAUGUUGUUACCAUAGAAACAACAGGUGCUGAUAAGACUGACAAACCUGAUGGCAAAGAUGUCACAGACGCUAUUAGCGUUUUAUCUCUGUUCAUGGAGAGAGAUUUGCGAUAUUAUUUCCAGCACCCCUUUCUUAGAAUCUUCAUAGCCUACUUUGUGACCUUCUGCAAUUUUCUGAUCUAUGCUGAAGAUCCUGUAGCACACAGUAUGAAGGAAUGUAACAUCCCCCUAAUUGGAAACGACUUUGCUUUUGUGUGUACCCGCUAUCCCCCUAAUGCCUUCAGCCUCCUUAAAGUAGUCAUGUGGCUUGGAGCCAUUAUCAUCGGCUGUAUCCUUGGGAAGAUCCUCAUACAUGUCUUACUGUUGAACAAACUGCUGCGUCUGAAGAUGUUCACAGAGGACCAGGGAUCAUGGAUGAUAAUGUUCCUGUGUAGUCUCAUUUCCAUAUUUAUAAUGUCCUGGAUCUACAACGGAUUCCUGACAGCCGGAGGUGAUAGCACAGAAUCCUAUCGGAUUUCCGGUGACCUUGGACUCUCCAACUCUAUUUUUAUGAAGGCUGCUGCCUGUGGUACUUGGUGUGGAGACUUUUUCACUGCUUGGAUGGUGACUGAUAUGAUGCUACAAGAGAAGCUCUACCCAGGCUGGGCCAAACCAGUGCGGACCUGGUGGAACCACCGAUACAAUCGUAUCAUCUUAUUCUGGGUGGUCACCUCAGUAACGUCCCUCGUCGUGAUCUUUGUGAUAGCCACAGACUUUAUACAGUGGGAGAAGCUGAACCAUGGAUUCCUGCCGACUAACGAACUGUCCAGGGCGUUUCUGGCCUCCUUCAUUCUGGUUAUGGAUAUCUUAAUUGUGUGUCAGGACUGGGAUUUCCCUCAUUUUAUGAGUGCCAUUGACAUCAAAAUGCCAGGUGUUAACACUGCACACAUCAAGUUUGACAUCCCCAAGUGUCUCAAGAAAGAGGUUUGGCAGGUGCAUAUUACAGGUAAAUGGUUUAACUACGGGAUUUUGUUUAUCGUUAUGCUGCUUGACCUAAACAUGUGGAAGAACCAGAUCUUUUACAAGCCCUAUGACUAUGGUCAGUACGUGGAUUCAGAGGGGAGAAUCCACACAGUGCUGGACGACUACAGCCUUACAACAUUUAACGAGAGUCUGCUAACCUGGUCGUACCGAAAUAAUACAAUAAAUCCUGUGACCAAUGCGUCCUACCUUGAGGGAGAUAUGGUCGUCAGCACUCGUUACUAUGACUACAGCCUAGCAUUGAAGGGAUUGGCAUUCGUCCCAGCCCUUUUGGCGUUCAUUGUGUUAGGUGUGACUGUUUGGAUGUUUGGCCGUUUUAAGCCAUCGAAGGAUGAUCCGUAUGCUGGUCGGUUAAAGAAGCGCAGAAAGAGGAGGAGAUUCUCCCUUAGAAAUUUAUCUAGUUCCUUCCGAAAAAUUGAACUGCGGAGAAAAGUUCAAGCUGUACCCAAACUGCUACAUUUCCGUCGUAAACAAAGCCCUAAUCAUGACCCUUCCUCAAAUGGAUCAGGAUACCCUGAAAACUGGUCGGCACCAGCAGACAUCAACAAAUAGAGAAACCUAAAGCUGGUGUCAGUUUUAUACCUGUUUGAUAUUGAUUAUAUUUUUGAGACAUUUCUGUAUUAUUACUUUGAUUGUAAUGUACAUGUAUAUUACAUAUAUCAUGGUGAUUUAUGUAUAUUUUCUAACAUGUCAAUAGAUUAUGAUGAUUGAAAUAUCGGAAAUCAACAUAUCGGAAAUCAACUACAAUAAUUAAUCAAGAACUUGCAAAACAGUGAAGCAUAGGUCAUAUUAUUCUUAUAAUGAAUGAAAUUGAAAUCUUUGAAAUACCAUUUUAUAUAUACCUUGUUCACUUUAGAAGCAAUGAAAACACUAUCUGUAUUUUCAUACCAUGGUAAUACGUAUAACUGGUAUGUGUACCGUUUGUAACCAUUCAUCACUUUAUCAGGUAGAAUUGUCUAUUGGUAAAUCAUCAUGGAAUUAUUUUGACACUCCUAAAAUAUAACAAUUAUUUUUAUCUGAAAAUUAAAUAUAUUCAUCUGUUUGAAUUCAUAAUUGUCCUUGAUGAGUUUAUAAAUUAAAUACCUUUGGUAUGGUGACUGUGUAGUUAGGUCAAUAAUAUAGUCUAUAGUUUUAAUUAGAUUAUUGUGCUAUGUAGUUACUAUGCUAUCUACACAAUAUAAAGUUUGUAAGCUUCAACCAAAGCGAUACUGAAACAGAAAUUGUUUCAUAUUAGAGAGAGAAUUUGAGAGAAAAUUCAAGCCACAUUAAUCAGUCUGUGUUCAUUUGAAUUUGUAUCAAAUUAUGAUAUGUGAGAACUUCAUAAUUAUGUUGUGUCCUCAGAAUCAUCUAGGAUCUAGUAUAGAUCAGGAAUAGUUCAACCUACCGCGUAUACUAGUGCUGUUGGUUAACUUCUUAAUCAUUAAAGGUUGGGUCAUGUUUUAAUUAAUGUCUGUCUUAAUUGAUAUGAGUGAUGGAAACUACUUAUAUGAUUAUUAUCUUUCAAUAAACAAACAUUGUGACCCAAUUGUGGUCACCACUUAGUUUUCAGUAGAUAUACAGUAAUUGGUUCAGUAGACAUACAGUAAUUGGUUCAGUUGACAUACAGUAAUUGGUUCAGUUGACAUACAGUAAUUGGUUCAGUUGACAUACAGUAAUUGGUUCAGUAGACAUACAGUAAUUGGUUCAUUAGACCUAGAGUAAUUGGUUCAGUAGACCUAGAGUGAUUGGUUCAGUUGACAUACAGUAAUUGGUUCAGUACAUAUACAGUAAUUGGUUCAGUUGACAUACAGUAAUUGGUUCAGUUGACAUACAGUAAUUGGUUCAGUAGACAUACAGUAAUUGGUUCAGUUGACAUACAGUAAUUGGUUCAGUAGACAUACAGUAAUUGGUUCAUUAGACCUAGAGUAAUUGGUUCAGUAGACCUAGAGUGAUUGGUUCAGUUGAUAUACAGUAAUUGGUUCAGUACAUAUACAGUAAUUGGUUCAGUAGACAUACAGUAAUUGGUUCAUUAGACCUAGAGUAAUUGGUUCAGUAGACAUACAGUAAUUGGUUCAGUUGACAUACAGUAAUUGGUUCAGUAGACAUACAGUAAUUGGUUCAGUAGACAUACAGUAAUUGGUUCAGUAGACAUACAGUAAUUGGAAUUCUAAGCAAUCGUCCCAUAAGAGACUAGAAGCACAGCAUUAGCAGUGAUGAAACAAAUUGGUGUCUAGAUUGUGUAUUUUACUACCAGAUGUGAACAUUUAUUUUUCUACACUUCCUUACUCUGGCCGACUUUCUGAGUGUUAUAUUUACCAUACCCUGGGUAGUAUGUGUACAUUGUUUAAGUCGUAUACUAUAAUUACCAUAGAAUUGUACAUGGAUGUUAUGAGAAAAACUGAUUAUUUUUAAAUCGUGUUGCGGUUAUGUUUUUUAAUCGUCAGACAUAUAGUUGAACAUUAAAAUGCAUAAUGUUUGAGUACCCUAGAUGCCUUACAAGUUGUCUGAUUUCCUGUGUAUUUUUUUAUGGAUAGAAGACAGAUAAUAUGUUUUAUAGAAAUGAUAUACAAGUCCCUUGAUUUACCAUGAUAUGUACUGUAUUUUCUGCUGGAUAUUUUUUUAAUCUGUUCUUAUUGAAGUUCAAACAGGUUUCAAAUCACUUUUCAAAAAUUGCACUUUUUAAUCGUAGUUAUGGUCUGGCCAGAGUUAAGCAUGCUGUCCUGUUUAUAUACCGUGUAGGGAAUAGACUGUUGGAGCCAAGUGAAGCAUGGUGUUCUGUUAAUUUUUGCUAGAUUAAUUGAUAUAACAUUGUAGCAAAAUUAUGAUUAUAUAUAUAGCAUGAAGUAUGAACCUCCUCUUUGUGACAUUUUUAAAUACAUUGUACAGUCCAAUAUAUAUCUGCUCUUUAUUGGCAUAAUUCCAUCCCUGGUUUGUACGAGAAGGUUGGCCAGAUCUUGGUGUCGGGAUAUGGUGAAUAUAUGAUGAAACAUUGCAUCGCUAUGACAAUUUAUGACAACUUGUAGUGGUACAUGUAGUUCUAUUUUUAAUUAUCACAAUGUAAUUUAAUUGUCAAGAAUUUUUAGUUGUAUGUUACAGUCUAUCAACUGUAAUGCUUAACAUCAUAUCAACAUCUGAUUGUUGUCCUGUUAUCACAGUCAGCAUCCGUCAUGGCAACAUGUGAUAAUACCAUAACUACAUCUGAUUGUUGUCUUCAUGUUGUCACAGUCAACAUCCGUCAUGGCAACAUGUGAUAAUACCGUAACUACAUCUGAUGGUUGUCUCUAUGUUGUCACAGUCAACAUCCGUCAUGGCAACAUGUGAUAAUACCAUAACUAUAUCUGUUUGUUGUCGCUAUGUUGUCACAGUCAACAUCCGUCAUGGCAACAUGUGAUAAUACCAUAACUACAUCUGAUUGUUGUCUCUAUGUUGUCACAGUCAACAUCCGUCAUGGCAACAUGUGAUAAUACCAUAACUACAUCUGUUUGUUGUCACAGUCAACAUCCGUCAUGGCACCAUGUGAUAAUACCAUAACUACAUCUGUUUGUUGUCUAUGUUAUCAUUCAUUGACUGUAUAAUAUCAUGUUGGUAUCUUCGAUAGUCAGGGAUUUUCCUACAAUAGAAACAGGGUCUGUUAAAAGGACCCAUUUUUUGUUUUUCCCAAUUUCCCAAUUUGUCGCGUAGGAAUUCCCAAUUCAUUGGACCCUUGACCCAGUUGAAAUAUUGUAAAAAAAAUCCUUGAUAGCAGUGUUUGGAAGUUUUUCCUGUCAUUCCAACUCUACAAAUUUAUUUUGAAUACCUUAGCUUUUUUACAUGUAAGUUGUAAAUCUUGACAGAUUUAAUUGAUCCUGGGAAUAAUUAAGUGAUAAACUGGAAAUAGAAAUAUUCAUCGUUUACACAAGAUUGGAGAUAGUCAUAGUUUACACAUGUAUAAGGUUGGAGAAAGUCAUGUGUUUUACUCAAGUGUGGAGACAUCGGAUUCUCAUAACAACAACAUCACACAUUGUGACAUUAACUAGUGAUGUGUUGUAGCUGUGUUUAUAGACAUUUAACUGCAGCAGCUCAUUCCUGGUAAUAGGCCCACCCAUGUGUAUUACUGGUAAUAGGCCUACCCAUGUGUAUUACUGGUAAUAGGCCUACCCAUGUGUAUUACUGGUAAUAGGUCCAACCAUGUGUAUUACUGGUAAUAGGUCCAACCAUGUGUAUUACUGGUAAUAGGCCCAACCAUGUGUAUUACUGGUAAUAGGCCUACCCAUGUGUGUCACAGUACUGGGGCCGCGAUGGCCGAGUGGUUAAGGUGUCCCGACACUUUAACACUAGCCCUCCACCUCUGGGUUGCAAGUUCGAAACCUACGUGGGGCAGUUGCCAGGUACUGACCGUAGGCCGGUGGUUUUUCUCCGGGUACAAAAUCACUGUAUUAGGCCCACCUGAUAGCUUAUUUUGGAAUAAAUACAGUAUAUUUGUCACUAUUAUAAAUAUAUGCUUUGUGUUAUUGCAAAAAUGACUGAUUUUAAUUAAUAUCUUCAUUUUAAUUAAGAUCUUCAUGUUAAUACAAUAGUAUGGAUGUAUUGAGUGUAUAGGCCAAAAUAUUGAAGUGCAUGUAUCUAACCAGUCAAUCAUACAAUAUUUUUGUACAAAAUCUAUGUAUUACACAAGGUGCAGUGUUAGCCUAUGUUUGUCCUUCAUCUGUAAAGGUUUAUUGAUAUUGACUAUCACUUCAAAGUUAUGGGGAUUUUUACAGUAUGAUUCAAUGGUUGUUUUUUUGUUUGUUUUUCAAAUAUACAUCAGAUAGAAAUACCAGUUUAGGUAGAUGAACAGGUUCUGAUACCCACGUAUUUUUGAGUUAUAACAAAAAUCUGAUUGAUGUUCACAUGUUUUUAACACAGAAAUUUGAUGUUCCAUUACUACUGUAAUAGUCUAUCUAGUAGAUGACUGUUCAUUUAACAAUGUUACAAUGCUCUAAAAAAAAUUUCCAACUGGUUUUCAUUUCAGCCCUUUUCCCUAUUUUGGUAAUGUCCAAGAGAUUACAGGGGAGGUAAGGGGUGGGGGUCUUGUGAUCAAGACUCCCUCUUCUUAUCUUUCACUUCUCCAAAAUAACCAAGGGUAAAAAAGUAAUCGGACAUUUUGCAUUAUCCCCACAAGCUAUUUUAAAAACUGAGGUGAAAUUCAACAUGUUGUAUAUAUAGACUAUUACGAUUUGUAUUGGUACAAUGUCCCCGAGUGAUUCUCCGGAUCAUUUAGGUAUCCUUUACUGGAUCAUUCACAGACCAGAAUUAAUCGGCUAUGGUACUGUACAUUUGUGGAUAAUUAAUAUUUUCUGUACACACUUAUGAGUAAUUCACAUAAACAAGAAUCUAUAAACUGUUGGUAAUAUCUACCCUGUUUUUGACAUGCUAUAUAUUUGUUAGAUAUGAAUAAGUAGUUUAUUGUAUAUAUAUUGUUAUGAGAUAUGUAAAUGUACUAGGUAAUCAUAUUAUAUAGUACAAUGUAUAAUUUUGAUAUUGCAAUGUGUUUAUAAUGACAUUUUGUGUUCAUAAGUCAAUAUUGAUUACCAUUGAUUGAUGGUCAUACAUCUUAUGAUUGCUGAAAACUGCCUCUUGUCAUGUAAUUAUUUCAGAGAUCAUUUAUUUACAAAUGAAUUGUUAACAUAACAUCAAUAUAACUGUAUCAACAUCAUUGUUUUAAUCAUGAUAGCUGUAGUCACACACAUCUACACAUUGUACGCCAAAAGUGAGUUUGCAAAAUUUAAUUCUAUAAAAUUUUAAUUACAGUAUGAACUUUUUCAAUGAAUUUUCCUUAAAGAUAUUGGUUUAAACUUUAUUUUCAUAAAUUUUUCAUUAAUUUCUGUUUUCACUAACCAGAGAAAUCAAGUUAUUUACUAAGUGUAUGAAGGAACACAAUGCCAUAGUUUGGUUGUUAAUUUUAAUAUCUUCAAACAUUUUCACCUGUAAAUUGUGUUUGGAAACUCAAGAUAUUUCUUUUUCAACUCACAAAAUUUCAUUAAAAUCGAUAUUCAUGAAUGAAGUCAAGGUAAUUUAUAGAAACAAGUUGAAAAUUCAAAUAAUUCAUUGCAAAAUUCAACAUUGCAAACUAAAUUAUGUCGCACUGCUGUAGGUAAUCUUGACUUUCUUAUCUGUGAUUAUUUUAUUGUUCAUUGCUUACAGCUACUUUGGUGUGUCUACUUAAAAUCCCAGGAACGUUUUGUUGAAUGUUAACCGAAAAAUUUAUAUACUUUUUUGAUGAAGUGCAGAUGCACACGGGUAAUGGUAUGGUGGUCGGGUAUGACUGUCUGCUAGAUAACCUCACUCAGCAUAUGACGACUCACUUUUGAUUUUGCUGGAUUGCUAAACAUUAUGAUGCCAAGGAGAAAUGGCAAGUAAAAGUGCCUGGAAAGUUUGCACAGCACUGCACAGAGUUGUCUCCCUGUUUUAUUGUAUAUAAUGCAUUUAUUUAUAUCAUUAAAAAUAUGCUGGAGUCUGACAUUUAUCAAAAUGAUAUUGGAGAAUACAUAGAAAUAUCAGUAGAAUAUAUUGUCCACUUUUCCUUGCCUAGCUAGUGUCACUGUCAUACCACAUUAUCUGUAUUCAGUAUAUGUGUUACUCUAGGGAAUGUAUUGGUGUUGUAGUAAACUUGUUUUAAAAAAGUGUAUAAUGUUCUGUUACAUUACACAUUUGUUAAACAAUUGUCAUCUUUCGUGCUUGUUGUUUUAAGUUAAACUAAUUAUUCAGCUGUUAUUUAUGCUUACUAUGAGCAAUAAAUACCUGUGGACCCUCAAAUCAAAGUAAUUAGCUGAAUCAGUAGAAAUAUUUUAUAAUCAUUGUAUAAGGAAUUAAUAUAUCAUACUAGUACAUCUCGUAUUCUAAUAUAUAAAUGUUGAAGUAUAACCCUGUUGCGUCCUGUAUAUGUGGUGCUGACACAAUUACGUUAUACCAGCCUAUGUUUCCGGUGAUAAAUCAUACUAACUAUUUAGUCCUAUACUAUGCCAGUCCUUUAUUAGAAAUACAUGGUACUUAAAAUAGAUUUUUUUUAAUCUCUGUCAGAUUAGUAUCUGUGUUCCGAACAACACCCAUGGCCUAGAAAUCUAUCUUGAUGUAAAAAGAUAUAUAUGCGAUGGCCUUUUUAGUAACCCUCCAAGCUUGCUUGAUUCUUCUCCAGGUUUGUAUAGAUAGUGCUAGGGUAACCAAAACAGAUCUGUAACAGGUGGUUUUUAUUUCUAUCUCUAAGACUUGUCUCUGUUGAAUUACAUUUAAUUGGUAAUUUUCAUUACGGUAUGCAUGGUAUGUGCUGUCAACACAUUAUACGGAUAUUUUGUAUAUCUCACCUUAUCGUUUAUAAACUUAAUGUUGUCAUCUGAAUUAUGUUUUCUUCAGAAAAUAAACUUUUUAAGUUUGAUUGGAACUCUUUUAGAAUUCAGUACUGAAAACAAAAAAUAUUGAAAAUUUCUUUUUUGAUUGCUGAGUCAUAAUUUUUGCUUAGAAUAUUGAAUUGCCUAAAUGUAUUAAUUUUUGGUAUCUUUAAUUGAUUAAUCAUGUUUUACUUUUAGUGUCAUAUCUGGCUUAUUUUAUUUAUACAACAUUAUACACAUAUUUAUUUGUUAUUUCACUUUAGUUAAUAAAAAUGAUUGAUCUAUA